AUGUUCACUACGCAGUAUUACGGUUCACACUACGCAGACAUUAUACAAAAAUUACUGACAUUAGGAAUAAAGACAGAGAGAGAUCUUCUAUUUGCCAAAGACGAAUUCAUACUCUCGAAAACCGACAUUUCUCCCGAAGACUAUUACGAAUUUAAACGAGAAGUAAUUGCUACGUGUAAAGUACCUGUAAAGAGAGGAUCAAGUCUUAUAGAAGAGCAUCAAAGGAGUUUAACGUCAACCGGAUGUAUAGGACUUGAUAAUAUUCUCGAGGGAGGUUUACCUAUAGGCGAAAUUACAGAUAUAUCUGGUGCAGCCGGAACCGGAAAAACUCAGUUAGCACACUUUAUAUCACUAGCAACAAUAACAUCUUCCUUUUUUUCCACUGCUGACCCACCUUUUUCCACCUCUUGUACCUUAACGCCAACUCUUUCCAGCGUCAUCUAUAUCGACACAACAUCAUCAUUCCACCCAACGCGUAUACGUGACCUAUAUCUUCACAGUGACAAGUUUGCCGAUUUACGUGAUAUUGGCGUGGGCGUUGACGUUGUUCUAUCGAGAUUGAAGAUUCAUAGGUGUUUUGACGUGUAUGAUGUUUUGGAGACUGUUGAGAGCAUUAGGAAGGAGUUGGAAUUGAGAAUUGGUGAUGAGAAGCAAAUAGUGGAGGUGGAUGAUGGAACGGAAGAUGGUGUAGAAGAUGGAGUGGAAGAUGAGAAACAAGUGAAGAAUGAGAAAUUAGCAUGCGGUCAGGAAGGAUUGUGGGAUGAGAGGGAAGAAGAAACGAAUGUUUUGGCCAAAAAUAGUAAAGGGAACGGAAAGGAACAUGGCGAAACAAAAUAUUUUUACGGUCAGUUGAAAUUAAUAGUGAUAGAUUCUGUAUCGGCUGUGUUGUCUGGAUUACUCCAAACGUCGCAUUCGCAAGGAUAUUCGCUAAUGAUGACUUUAGCACAAAUGCUUCAGCACAUGGCAAGAAUGUAUAAUAUUCUGAUAUUGACAGUGACAUCUUGUGUAUCCUCCCAGACUGUGAAGACGCUUUCCGCUUUUCCAGCCGUCGACACCAAACCAGCUCUCGGCACUACAUGGACUCAUCUUCCAUCGCUGCAGCUGUACCUUUCUCGAUGUGCUGACGAGGAGAGAGUAUACACUAAUAGAGAUGGAGAAGGAAUAACCGUUCAACCGAGGGUAUGCGAAGUUUUGAGAGCGCGAACUGGCGUUAUGGGACUAUGGUGUUUAGUUUACAUGGUGAGGUGGUAA